UAUAUACAAAUACACAAGUAUAUAUAUACUUACAGUAAUAUAGCGAUCUUGUUGGAUAUCGUUAAAUAUUGUUUGUUGUGAAGAUGGAGGAAUCGGCGGCGAUAGUUAGACUCGAUAGGAAAUCGUCGAUCGACACCGAGCCUCGUACUCUCGACAUUCACCAAAUGCAAUUGGCAAGGGAUGCUGCGCUGAAUGUAAUGAGGACGGCUGACGAUGAUGCCUUGAGAAUUUUCACUGAGGGAUUGAAGCCAGUUGUGAGUGUUUCGGAGCAAAAUCAUCGGUUGAUGAGGAUGAUGGAUAAUAGCGAAGAUGAAUUUGAUUACAGUUUGAUGGACGAUUCCUCUGGAAUUCACAGUGGGAUAAGAGAGAUUGCUUCUGCACCUUUCUAACCCAACAAAUGUUUGAAUGAUCUGAGGAUGAUGAUGAUGAUGAUGAGGAAUCGCAUAUUUUGUUAAUUUUCUUUCCUUUUUUUUUUCUCUUUCUUCCUCCCAAGCGAAAGAAACUAAACCAAACCAUAUAAUACCAUUUCUUUAUCUUUA